AGAUGGCCAGUUACUAGGCUAAUAUGUCUGGUCAAAGGUCCAGCUGUAACAUUGUGCACAUGUUACUUGUCAACUGGACUUUUGGACUUUGCCCCCUUUUCCUUUUUCUUUUUUUAUCAAAGUUCUUCAGUGAAAAGGUAGUAAUUCUCGUGAGGGAGCCAUGGGGUUUAUACUUAAAGAUUUAAUCGGCGUAGUUCUGAUUUUUGUAGUGUCGCUAGUCGCCAGGUUACUGAGCGUAGUCCGGCUAAUUUUCCCUCCCGCCAAGAAGUCCGUCUCGGGCGAGAUCGCGCUGAUCACCGGGGCGGGCAGCGGGCUCGGUCGCGGCAUGGCGCUCAGCUUCGCCCGCCUGGGGGCCACCGUCGUCGCCUGGGAUAUCAACGAGGAGGCGAACGAGGCGACUGUGCAGAUGAUCCGGCAGGAAGGAGGGAAGGCGUUCGGCUUUGUGUGCGACUGUAGCAAGAGGGACGACAUCUACAGGGUCGCGCAGCAGGUGAAGAGCAGUGUGGGUCACGUGACCAUCCUGAUCAACAACGCUGGGAUCGUGACGGGCCGGAAGUUUCUGGACUGCCCUGAUGACCUCAUCCAGAAAACCAUGGACAUCAACACCAACGCGCACUUCUGGACCACGAAGGCAUUCCUCCCCCACAUGGUGGAGCAGAAGCACGGACACCUUGUGAGCAUCGCGUCUGCCGCUGGGUUCGCCGGGAUGUCCGGUCUGGCUGACUACUGCACCAGCAAGUUUGGCGCUGUCGGAUUCGCGGACUCUAUCAGGCACGAGGUAAAGCAGCACGGCAUCCACGUGACCUGUGUCUGCCCGACUUACAUCAACACGGGGAUGUUUACAGGGGCAGAACUCAGGGAGGUGGCGAUCCUUGAGACUGAUCACGUGGUGCAGCAGAUUGUUGACGCGGUCCUGCGGAACCAGUUCUGGCUGAUACUGCCCCGCACGGUCGCCAUUCUCAGCGGGAUCCAGGGUAUGACGCCUACCUUCAUCGCCGACCUCGCACAAAACUUCAUCAACAUGCACGGCUCAAUGGACAAGUUCGUCGGUCGUCAGGGCAACAAGAAGAACAACUGACGUCACGAAUUCGUCGGUCGUCAUGGCAACAAGAAGAACUACUGACGACACACACGUUCGUCGGCCGUUAUGGCAACAAGCUUAGAACAACUACUGACGACACAUACGAUCGUCGGAUGUCAUGGCAACAAGAACUGACGUCACAUACGUUCGUCGGUCGUCAUGGCAACAAGAAGAACAACCGACAUCACAUGGCGAACGUUACAGAAAAUUGGCGAAACGUCAUGAUAACAAUAAUAAAGAAAAUGUAAUGAAGAAA